AUGGCGGCCAGGAUUGCCAUGAAGUCGCCCCUUCAUGAGACGGAACACAUCGUCAGUCGCAUCACACGCGAAGGAAAACAACUCAUAUAUAAAUUAAGCGUGAUGCAACAACCAGACCGUGCCAGAGCUUGCGGCGCGAGUGUGAAGUCAUACGCCGACCGUCGCCCUGUGGACCCACCACCAGUCGUUGAAUUGCGAAUCUUCGAAUCUGAUCCUAACAACGGUGCUCAUAAGAACGACAUUACCUUUGCAAAUAAUUCCAAUCUCUUCCUUUACGCAACUCUGGAGUACGCACGUCCUAUCGCCCACGGUCAAGUGGCUGGUCCGCCGUCGUGCCCUGUAUUAACUGGUGUGCCCAUUGCUGGUGUUGCUUACCUCGAUCGCCCCUCACAGGCUGCUUACUUCAUCUUUCCGGAUCUUUCUGUUCGUCAUGAGGGUCGGUAUAGACUGGUCUUUCACCUAUACGAAGAAAUCAAGGAUGCAAAAGACGCCGAUCAAGACUCGAACUUUCCUCUGCCAAAAUGUGUCGGCAAAACCAACGGUGCUCCUCAAGCCUUCCUGAAUUUUCGCCUGGACGUCAAGUCAGUACCUUUUACUGUUUACAGUGCGAAGAAGUUCCCAGGUCUGGCUACCAGCACCUCCCUGAGUCGUAUUAAUGCCGAGCAAGGAUGCCGUGUUCGUAUUCGUCGUGAUGCUCGUAUGAGACGUAGAAGAGUUAAACGCGGGGGAGAGUACGACUUCCAUGAAGAGAGGGCUGCCGCAGCGGUUUAUGCAGGAUCAUUCGUGCGACACUCGGCUCCGGAUCGCUACGUCGCAAACUUGGUGGAGCGUUCCCGAUCAAAUGGCAAUGGGAGCGCAAUGGCUUUCCCAUACGGAUUUGGAGACACUCAACGGCGGCCGCCAGGACCCGAAUAUGGAUUCCCAGGCCUUCAGCCGAUCUUCCAGCAGCCGAUGCCACCGGCGUCAAUGUCACAUGACGAAAUACCCAGCUAUCAAUCAUAUCUGUCAUUCGGUUCGACACCAACACGAUAUCCUGCUCCUUGCAUGCCUCCUAAUCCGCCCCCAGUCGCUGCUUCGGGAAUGUAUUCGCCCCAUACUACAUACGCCAAUAUCCGUAACCCUUCGAUGACGUCUUAUUAUGAAUUAACUCCCGCCGGAUACCCCAUGGCACAGCCCAUGAUGGAACCCAGUGGAGGCUUUUCGAAGGACCAUCUGACAUCGUAUCGCAUGGAAAUGUCAAAAGCACUGCCCUACAUAGACAUGAAUAUAGCAGAUCCGAUGAACCCAUAUUCAAUCCCGGCCAACUUGUUACCGAGUGUCGAAACGCCCACUUUUGGCUCUUUGCCACCUGCCAUUCUGAAUUUGAAAGCCCCUCAUACCGAUUUCGCGACUUUACAAAAUCUCGCCGGUAUCCAACCGAGUAUUGAACCAUGCACGCCAAGUCCUGGUUACGACCCAGUCUUGGGCAAACGGAUCCUCUACAACGAGCACGCUUCUAAGGAACUUACUCAUGAGGACUCUUUCGGCUUGGAUGAACAUUCUAUGCAAAAUGGAAUGUGGCCUGAUAAGGGUUCGUACAGCGUCAAUGGACCCGCGACUAACUGCUGA